AUGGAAACUGGAUCACUUAAUAAUUUUCUGAAUACUCAUGAUGAUUAUUCUGUGGGUACAGAAGUUAAGGAUAAUACUCCCAGAAGCAAUGUGGACUGGUCAGAACGUUUACCGAUGGAUACUCAAGGUAGUAAAGGAGCUCCAGCUAAUCGUGUUUUGAAACUGGAAGAUCCAUUACCGAGUCUUGUUCCACCAUUAAGUGAAACUGUUGAGAAUGUUGAUUCAUAUGGUCGCAAUGUCGAAAACAAAGUUGGUGCAUUUGGUGAUUUGGUCGUAGGCGAUGUAAAGGAUAAAAAAGAUCUGGUUACAGGUUGUGCAAUUGAUAUAAAUACUUUUCGUUCCAAUUUAUCUAAACACGCUAAAGCAGAAUCGUCUAUGGAGAAGAAUAAAAAAUCAACACGUCGACGUUGGCCAGCUUUAGAGACUGAUGAUUUAUUUGAAGAUCUCGGGUUCGAUCAAUUGGAUCCAAAGCCACCUUUAAAGAAAAUGAUUGCACCGAGUGAAAAGAAAUUCGAAAAUCAGGAUACAGAAAACAGUCAAGCUGAAGAAGUUGGUCAUUUUCGCAAUUAUUUGGGAGUCCCUGGGAUUGGAUUCCCCUCGGGAAGUAGAACUGGUCAUUCGCGAACUGCAAGGGCUCCUGCCCCUCCAUUCCAUUCUAAUCCUAGUUCCAGGAUCGACUGGGCUGCCAAGUACCUCAAAUCAUGA